GAUAUGCUUUUCAAAAUAUUCGAAUAUUACCUAUUUUGAUAUUUUAAGAAUUUAAGUUAAGUUUAAUAUCUUGAAACUUCACUUUAUUAUUAAUAAACAAUAUUGACACAAGCAUUCUUCACACUAUUAUGACUGAUAAUCGUCAUCAGUAUAUUGUGAAUCAGAAACACGCAUCACCUUUGGACGGAAAUUGUUCAAAAGACGAUGGGAUAGCCUUUAGUAAUGUCGGUGAAAGUCGUACAUCAAAUGCUGGUAUACUUAUUGAAAAUGAACGUAAAAAUGGGCAGAAUUCAUUUCAACUAUGGAAUUCACAUACUUAUAGUCAUGUGAGAUUUUGGAGACCACAUAGUAAAUGGGAAAGAUUUCUUAUUAUCGCGAUUAUAAUUCUAUUGAUUUUAUUAAUUAUAUUUGUUACUCUAUGGGGAAUUGAAAUGGCUGCAUAUGAAUAUCGACCAUGUUUACAACCUACAUGUAUCAAAAUGUCUUCAGAAAUACUCAGUCAUAUGGAUACAAGUAUAUCGCCUUGUGAUGAUUUCUAUGCAUACGCCUGUAAUGGUUGGAUAAAACAGAAUCAUAUACCACAAGGUCAUAAUGCCUGGUCUAUAAUGCGUAAACUGUCAAAAAAUGGUGAAUACUUCACUAAAGAAUUACUUGAGAAUUCUUCACAUACAGAUAAGAGUCGAGGUUUCCAAAUGGCUCAAAUCUACUACAGAUCUUGUAUGAAUGAAUCUUUUAUCGAGAGUCGGGGAUUCACACCACUGUAUGAGUCUAUCCAAAAGAUAUUCAAAGGUUGGUUAUUACUACCAAAAGGGAAUCCAGGCGCCAGAAAUGAAAAUGAUAACAAUUUUCUUCCAAAAACAUUUGAUUUAACUGAUAUGUACUUACCUUUGUUGAAGUAUGCUGGUACAAUACCACUCUGUCGUAUUCUAGUUGAACAGGAUCAUAUGAAUUCUUCUCGAUUUGUUCUUAGUCUUUUAGAAGGAUAUCUGAGUCUACAACGAGAAUAUUACGUAAAUGAUUCUUAUCCAACUUACUCAAAAAAAACUGAAGCUUUCCGAAGAUUCAUGCGCAACUAUUCACUCCUACUCGGUGUACCAGAAUCUUCCCAGGACAAAAUUGAUGCCAUCUAUGAAUUUGAAAAAAAGAUAGCAGUGAGAACUGAAGAACGUAGUGAAAGAGAUCCGGAGAAAAAUUAUGAACUUGUUACAUUACAGAAUUUAUCAUCUUUCUGUCCAGUGCUUAAUUGGACCAGGUUAUUUAAUCAUAUAUACAAACCACUGAAUUAUACAAUUUCACAAAAUCAAGUGAUUGCAUUAUACGAAGCUUCAUUCUUACGACUUAGAUGUGCAUUAUACAAAGAAUACUUAUCAACUGAAGAAGGCAUCAAAACUUUACACAAUGCUCUGGUAUGGAGUUUCAUUUGGAAAACAUCAACACGGAUGCCGAAGAAAGUCAGUGAAAUGUUAGAAGAAUACAGGGAAGCAGAAUUAGGUUUAAAAGUUGAUCCAGAUCGCUGGCAAACAUGUGUCACAGAAGUACAAUCUCCAUUUGCAUUAGUAAUUGGUAGACACUUUGUUCAGGAAAGAUUUAAUCAGAAAAGCAAAGAAGCUGCAACAGAAAUGAUAACAGAGAUAAAGAAGGCCUUCAAAGAGAAUUUGGUCAAUGUCGAUUGGAUGCAAGAAGCUGACAAGCAUAAGGCAACUGAAAAGGUGGACUCAAUGAAGGCAUCAGUCGGUUAUCCACAGAAUAUUAAUAAUCUUGCAGAUGAAGAGAAGGAAUUCUCUUACUAUACUGAUAUGAAUGAAUCAACAUAUUUCGAGAAUGCUCUACACUGCAGUGAAGCUGCGUUUCUUGAGAUUUUACGUGAAUUAAUAGAACAAAAUACGGACAGAUGGUCGUUGCCAGUGCAUAUUGUAAAUGCCUACUAUAAAGAGAAUUCAAAUCAUAUUUAUUUUCCUGCUGGUAUACUUCAAAGUCCAUUGUAUCAUCAUGAACAACCUUUAUCCUUAAAUUUCGGUGGAAUUGGUAUGGUUGUAGGCCAUGAAAUUACUCAUGCCUUUGAUCAACAUGGUGCAAAGUUUGAUGCUAAAGGAAAUAUGCGCGAGUGGUGGAGUACAGCAACACAGACAGCUUUUGAAAAACGCUCCCAAUGUAUGAUUGAACAAUAUAGUAAUUAUUCAAUUCAUAAUACAAGCCUCAAUGGGAAAAUGACUUUAGGAGAAAAUAUUGCUGAUAACGGAGGUAUUAAAGCAGCAUAUAAAGCAUUUAAAAAACUUGAGGCUAAAUAUCAAGACAAACCUAUUUUACCAGGUUUAAACUUUACACCGGAUCAGUUGUUUUUCAUUGGAUUUGCCCAGUUGUGGUGCAUUAAAAGUCUACCUCAGUCAAUUCUCAAUACAGUGCUUUUCGAUUCACAUACAGUUGAACAAUACAGGUAAGUUCGUAUUUUAUUUUAUACAAUUAUUUGUUAAGUAAUUUUUUCCUUGAUGAAGUGCCGUUUUGGUAUCUGUUUUGAAUGGCCAUUUAUCAAAAGAAUAGUUACAGAAAACAUAGCUGUUUUCAGUAUAUCUAUCAGAACCUUACAGUUAUGAAUCCACAUCAGUGCUGACCAGGAAUAAUAGCCGAUAUUAAUUAUUAUAAUAUUAUUAUUCCCUUGCCUUCUGAGUGGAACAUACGGCUUCAACAAUACAUCUCCACUUUGUUCUAUUUUCUGCCGUCCUCUUCAGCUGACUGACUCCUUGAUUAACCAUAAUCUUUCACCUCCCCCACCAACUCACACGAUUUCCUCCAUGUAACCCUAGCACUGACAAAUCACUCGUCACUUGUCAUUCAGAUUCCACUCGAGCGAUGGUCUGCCUUGCGUGCGACGCCAUUUGACGGUCUCCUCAAUCUGUGCCUGGUCUGUCUCCAUUUUCUCCCACUUAUUUGUUGAAUGAUCGACUCUUGUUUGGUUUAUCCCCACAGUUUCUUGCUACUGAUUCCUUCUGGUAAUUCGAUCUUGUAUAUGAAGCGAAGGCAAUUGUUGAUAGAAGUCUGCCACCUGUUAUAAAUCCAGCCGAUAAUACCUAAAAAAUCUGUCCCCAGAUAAUUUAGAUACCUAGAUUAACAAUAGAGUUAACAUAUCCUCUGAAGGCAUUGAUUUCUAAAAAAAAUUUAGACCUCAAUCCAGUUUUUCUUCUAUCUCUGACUCCUUGUUUCUCAGAAACACAUUUGUCUUAUGACUUUACUAAUUAAUUUUCCAAAUUUACCUUAUACAGCAGAAAGAGACUCAUUUCAACGAAUUUAUUAUCACACUGUACAAUUGUCUAUGUGCGUAUAUGGUUUUUAAGAAAGUAUAUACUACUAGGAAAUUUUAACAAAGACGUGAAUGCUUAAAAUCAUAAAAAUAAUAAUGUGGAAUGCGAUAAUUAGCAUAGUUCCUUAUCAAGUGAUAAAGUAAGUAACGUCACAUAUAUAAAAUAGUUUAUAGAAUGUAUAGAUGUUCGAAGGGAUGUAAAAUCAGUACUGUUAGUAAGUGUCCAUCCACAUUAUGAGAUAGAAUGUUCAUUCAUUAAUGAAAACAAAACACGUAGUUCAGCGAAGAGUCUCUUUUUGGCGGCAAAUUCAUUUUCUUAGCUGUAUAGUCGCAAAUAUAUAUAUAUGUGCUAUUUUGUAUGUAUGUGUACAUUAAGUUUGUCAAACAAAAAUCUGAUGCUCUCUAGUGACUUACUACAGGACGGAGUUUCCCGGAGUUCUAGUGAAAAAUGUCGUGAUCAGUGAGGUCCAUCCAGUUGAGUGUGAGGAUGGAUGUCCUACCGACGACAUUUGUUGGGGUCGCGCUAAAUCGAGAAUUGGUAGAAGUUAGAAUUCAUGGAGUGACCAUUGAAUCGUGUGGGUCCCAAUGACUGAAUGGUAUACGAGCUUGCCUUAUAACCGGAAUGUUCUGGGUUCGAACCCCGGUGGUGAGUGCGUACUGCCGAUGAUUCCCAAAUUAGGAUGAAACAGCUGUCCAGUACUCCAGUUCUGGUUUCCAAUAGUUAUCUAAGUGUUAUCAAUCCGUGAUCAAUUAAUCCUUACAAACCAACUAGAGAAAAAUACAAUAGAUUAUGUUUACUUUGGUUAUUUUGACCAAACAGUGAAAAUUAGUAAGUUUUGGGUGGAGUUACAUAAUAAAAAAAAUGGUAAAAAAAUUAGGUGUUACUGAAACUAGUGUAGUAACAAAGGCGAUGAGUUGUCAUACACGGC